AUGACGCACAAGGGCAAGGGCCCAGUGCAGUACGACUUUGGAGACGAAGACUCAGAGGUAUGCCAACCAUUCGUUUCCCGUCAAGCAAAGGCCCGAAUCUUCUCGAAAUGGAACUUCCACAACCGCGCUCUCAAGACGAGAGCUCCUUGGAUUUGCGCCCCCCUCCUCGCCCAAGUGAUGAUUGCCCAUACUCCCCUGUCGCCUGAGUUUACGGUCGACGGUCUAGAGCACUUUCACGCCACAUCGGCCACUAAUCGAACCACCGGAGGUGGACCCACCCAACCUCCGCCACCGCCCGGGCCGGUCUAUUCUUACACGCAGGGAGCGCCUGAUGUGGCAGCCCUUUCCCAUCAGGGCUUCAGCUCGGCGUCCAUGGGUGCCGCUAAUGUGCCAGUGAUGGUCGGAGCUGAGUCCUACGACUUGACGUCACCGGUGAACCCUGGUUUGCCGUAUAUGCCCGCUGCCAAUUUUGGCUGGCAGUCUCCGAACUCUCAUACGAUGCGCGGCGGCGAUGCGUCGCAGACCAUCGCCGGUGCCUCUCUCAGCAGCCACUGCGACUUUCAGUAUAGGCAACCGCAGACCGGCGGCCGCUCAUUCGACGGCUAUGUGUCACCAGCGACGCUGCAAAAUCCCGCGCUCGGGUUCGAGGCAGGCUAUGCCUGGGCAGGGCAGCAUGAUAGGCAAUUGACCAGUCAGAUGGCGAUGGGAGGAACUGUUCCGGGCAGGUUGGCAAUGGCAGACGAGAACGUUGGCGAGGUCAGCGUGAGCCCGGAAGCGGCCUUCUCAGCCGUGGAGCAGGACCCCACGGAUGGAGCACCCGAGGAAGCGAAGGCACAGCGAAAGAAGCCACGGCGGACAAAGGCAGUGACUAGCCCGGCCCAGUUCGAACACCGAGGGAGCACCAGCUCUCAGACAACGAUAUCUUCGUCGGGGUCCAAUAACACCGCCAAGCCCAAAUCGACGAGCAAACUCCGAUCCGCCUCUCGAACCUCCAAGAAUACCGUCACCAGGCCAUCCGAGACGCCAGAAGAGCGAAAGUCGCGCAACUCUCACAACCUAGUUGAGAAGCAGUAUCGCAACCGCCUCAACGCGCAGUUCGAAAGCCUGCUCAACGCAUUACCGGACAACAUUCGGGGAAGCGGGACUGGCGAUGAAAGUGACGGGCCCAAUGUGGAUCUUGGCGAUAAGCGGGUCAGUAAGGCCGAAGUCCUGGAUAUGGCGCGUCGACAUAUCAGAUCCUUGGAGAGGGACCGAGAUGCAUUAGAGCAAGAGCGCGACGAGCUGCUGAGCGACAUCCAGCAGAUGCGCGAGGACAAGGAUGCCGCUGCUUGGACCAAGGACGCACAGUAA